AUGACCCAUUCCCACGACCAUACCUCCGUCUGGUGGCCGGAGGACAGGAUCAAGGCCACCCUCGACACCAAGUUCAUUGUGAGUCGCCUGCGCCCCGAGAAUGUGCCGCGGCUGUUCGACCUCCCGCGCUGGGGGGAGGGCCUCACCAGCGAGACAUACAUGGAAUGGAUUCUGCUCAAAGCCGGCCGGCUGUUCCUGAUUCUUGAUGUCAUUGGUAUUCCGGAUCGCAUCUUUAGCAUCGUCGACGAGUCCUGGGACGACGAUGACCUUCCGAUUGCUGAGCCGAACAUGGAUCGUCUGCGUCUGUGCCCCGACGGCGAAGACCUCGCCCUUGAGAACCGGUUUUUCAACGCCCAAUGGCGCUUUGUCGUCCGCGGGAUUGCGGAGGGCGAGCAUGUUACAUAUACUGGGAAUGAGGGAGUGCCGGUGGAGGUCCUCCGCACCACUGCUGGCAGUGGCGUCCAAGGCCGCGACGACACGGUCGACCGAGUCAUCCUCGCCGGCUCCGUCUGUCGUGUAUACAUGCGCACGCAGGUGCAAGUCGGCGGUGCGCCACACUUUUUCUCCUCUGCUGAAGUCCUGAACGAAAUCCGCGCUCUUCGCAAACUGGCGCACCCGCACCUCGUCUCUCUCUACGGCUCCUAUUUCGUGGACGACACCGUCUGCGCGCUCUUCACCGGCGCCGAGACAGACCGCACGCUGCACAGCUUUCUUGCGGACCAGCCCCAGACCUUCAAGCGUCUCUCCAAGGAGCAUCGCCGGCAGAUCUUGGUCACUUGGCCGCACUGCCUCGCCUCGGCCGUGUCCUGGCUACACGCGCGAGGCCAACCGCACGGCGCCAUCCGGCCGUCGAAUAUCCUCAUCGACUCCAACCACCACAUCUUCCUGGGCCAAUUCCAAGCCCUCGACUCACUCCUUGCACCACCUCGCGUCAAUGACAUUGAAGCAUACAAUUACGCCGCCCCGGAGCGCUGGAUCCGCGCUCCAGUUCCAAACCUCCCUCCCCCCCAACCAUCCCGCGUUCUCCUCCCCUCCGGCGGCCGCACUGGCCGCCGCAAGAAACCUGUCCAGCUCGCCCUACAAACCCUCAACUCCGCUGCCUCCAAGGGUACCGUGAUCCGCAUCGGACUGCCCGGCUCGCCCUCCCGCUUCUCCUUCGCCUUCUCGACCUCCUCCUCUUCCUCCUCCUCCGCCGCCUCCUCAACCACCACAACCACUCACGACACCCAACCUUCCUCCAAGCGCGUGCCCCUCUGGCCCCGACGCCCAAACACCCUCCGUGCCAUGCCCUCGCUUUCCUCCUUGACCACCACGACCGCCUCCUCCUCCUCCGCCUCCUCGUCCGCCGCGUCAACCGCCCCUUCCACCGCCGCGUCAACCGCUCCCUCCUCCCUCGCGCCGCUCAAAUCCCCGGCCCUCACAAUCCCCCUCGCUGCAGACCUCUUCUCCCUCGCCGCCGUAACCCUCGACAUCAUCACGCACCUCUGCAAACGCAGUUCCACCAGCUUCACGUCCCACCGCGCCGCGCGCAACCGCUCCGCCGGCCGCGGCGGCGGCAUGGCCGACGCGUCGUUCCACCUCGCGCGGAACAGCGUACAGGUGCAGUCGUGGAUCGCGCUGCUGGAAGGCGACUCGCUGAAGCGGUGCCGGCGCGACCGCGGCAGCGACGCGGCGUUCUGGGCGGUGCCGCGCAUGCUGAUGGUGGUGCGGGCGAUGCUGGGUGCGGAGCCGGAGCGGCGGCCGAGUGCGCGGCGCGUGGUGCGGUGUUUUGCGGCGGCGGUGAGGGAGCGUGGGGGGCGGGGCGGGUUGGAGCUGCAUUGUGUGGAGAAGGCCAAGCCGAAGGCGAAGACGAAGAAUGCAUGCGAAGGGGUCGAGGAGGAGGAGGUUGUCAAGGCGAAGGGAGGGAAGAAAGAGGUGUUGGUGAUGGACUCUUCGUCGGUGUCGGAGUUUGACUUUGGGUUCUCGGACGCGGGAAGUGAGAGUGAAGCGGGGGAAAGCUCGGACAGGCGGGACGAGGUUGAAGUGGCUAUGGAAGAGGAUGAGGAGAUGCCGAUUCAGGUGGAUCGGGUGUCGCCGCAGUUGUCGUUGCCGGAUCUCGAUGUGAACAUCACGGGGAUUGAAGGACUGACAUUCCGUGGCGAGUGA